AUGGUUGAUAUACUACCCUAUUCUGAAGAUACAAAAGGUACUAAACUAAAAAGAAGUAAGUAUAAAGAAACAGAACCAAUAAAAGUAGUGGAGAGUAAGAAAUCUGGUUUAACUUCUUUCUCUUUUGAUCAAGUUAAUAAUGAUGCAAAUGAAUUAAUUGAAUUAAGAGGUGAAGGUAGAUAUUUUGGUGUAACAGAUCCUGAAAAAGACAAGAUAGUAGAGAUAAAGUCUGGCCCAGUUUGUUCAAAUUGUCAUAAACGUGGUCACACUCGAGUUAAAUGUAAAAUUGUAAUUUGUCAUAAAUGUGGUAAAGUAAAUGAUCAUUAUGAAUCUCAAUGUCCAUCAACUUUAAUAUGUAUUAAAUGUGGUGAAAAGGGACAUUAUUCAACUGAAUGUAAACUGAAGAUUAAAAAGCGUCAAUAUUGUAAAAGAUGUGAUAGUUUUCAACAUUCUGAUGAAAAUUGUCCAAGUAUAUGGAGAAGUUACAUAAUAAAAAGAAAAGAAGAACAAAAAUCAAUAUCACUACCAAAUAUGUCUUGUUAUAAUUGUGGUUCUUCUUCUCAUUAUGGUGAUGAAUGUUAUGCACCCCGAAAUUCUAGAAUUCCAAAUUUAGGUUCUGCAUUUAGUGGAAAUAAUUUACCUAGAGAAUUUAGAGGAGUUUAUUUUGAUAAAUUAAGAAAUAAUGAAUCAUAUUCUGAUGAUGAGGAAUAUAGUCCUUAUGAAGCAGUGAGAGAUUAUCGAAGAUAUACUGGAUAUAAUAAUAUUAAUAAACCACCAAGUAGAUCAGGUAUAAUUCCAUCAAGACCAAAAUCAAGUAAAAGUAACUACAAUAAAUUUGGAAGUAAUGGUUUUGGUAAUUCUAAUUUUAAUAAUGGAUCAGGAAUACAGAGAUCUAAAUCACCAGUUUAUAAUAAUCUACCUAAGAAACCGCCAGCUCCACCGCCAGCACCUCCAUCAGCACCUCCACCACCAGCAGCUAGAAAUAUAAAUAUAUCAAAGAAUUUACCAAAAGUUCCAAGAUUCCAAACUAGAGAUUAUAAUAAUGGAAAUAAUCAGCCUUCAAGAUCUGGGAUAUUGAAAAGAGGUGGUACUACACAAUUUGAACCUACUAGAAGUGGUACUUUAAAUAAUAAUAAAAAGAAGAAUAAGAAAAUGAAAUAUUAA